AUUCUCAUUUGCACUGGAUGUUUGGAACUGAUAAAUCUCUUUCUCGAUCUUUCUGUUUCUGAAUAACCAUGGAAGGCGCAUCGCAGCUGCUACGGAUUGGAAGGAAAUCAUCAAUAGAAAGUGAGCCGAGAACGCUAGGGUUUCAUCAAAUCAAGUAUGCAAGGGAGGCAGCUGAGUAUGUAAUGAAUACAAAGAAUAUAGAAGAAGCAGAGCGCAUUUUCACCGAGGGGUUGGUGCCGGUGGCGAGUGGGAUUACUGUGAUGAAGCAAAAUGGAGACGAAGUGACGGAUUCGGUGGAGGAAUUUGAGUAUUCAGCACAUCAUUUCCGAUUAUCAGAACUAAGGGAUGUAGUAACAGCCCCAUUUUAGGUGGCUUUAAUUUGCGUUCGAACCAGAGCUAGAAAGUUCUACACAAUGGAUGUAAAUAUCUUUUGUUACAUCAAUCUUUGUAAUUUUCACUUAGUUUCAUGAUACCAGAAGAGUUUCGAAGUGAUGUGAAGUCCCAUGGCUGGCCUUCUUAGGUAGUCUCGUGACGGACCUUCAUAGCUUUGUGAUCCUGAAGAGCUUUGCUAGCCCAUGCCAUGUGAUCUUCUUGUAAAUAUCCGGAGGAGUUUCCUUGUAAAUAUGAUCAGUUUUGAUGUUACUAAAUUUUCUUUUUGUU